GUUGUCUGGUGAAACUCUCCUCUAGGUGCAGGAAGCACAGGAUUGCAAGGUGCCUAUUCACUCACAGUAGAUGAUACUUAGCCAAAACUUAUCUCUGCUAAAUACCAUCCAAUGCUGGAAAAGGAUCACCCAAAUAAGCUUUGAUCAUCUGUUGGAAGCAUGUUGUCUACUCUGAAGUUCACAAUCUUCCUGUGCUGUUUAGUGAUUUGUAUUGUUUUAACUCUUUCAUUCUACCUACAUCACCAACAAACUAAACAGAAUGUAACUCGAAGAGAUAAUGUUGAUAUUAGCAACAAGUCGAUAACAGCACUUGGAGAUAACAAGACCUACAUCAUAUCUGCAUAUUAUGACUCUCGAAGAACUGAAUCAGUGCGAAUACUUGCAAUAAUCCAUGAAUCGGUGAAGGAGCUUUAUUGCAGGUUUCAUUGCACAAACAAGGAUAAUAUUCUUGUUGUGGCACAAAUAGACCUUCAUAUUGAAAGAUACGGAUUUCCAUAUGGUACAGCAGAUCUUCUGUGUGAGGAGCUUCCUAACUGUGUUUAUGAGUUUGUGUCUGUUCAUUGGUCCAAAACAGAAAUGACUAACUAUGUUCCUAGGUUUGAGGUAAAAAACCGUGAUGUUGGACCAUUCUCUGCAAACUUUACCGUCUGUAUAUCUGCGCUUUAUGGAGAGUAUAAUAAUGUAUUACAGAUGAUUCAGAGCUUUGAGAUGUAUAAACUACUUGGAGCAAACCGAGUAACAAUUUAUAAGAACGGAUGUCAUGAGAAUGUUGAGAAGGUCUUACAAUAUUAUGUUAAGGAAGGAUUCCUAGAUGUUGUAACGUGGCCAAUAGACAGAUACCUGCGGACGUCUGCUAUGUGGAAUUACUCCUCUGAUCCAAACAGUCAAAUUAGUUAUUAUGGUCAAGCUGCAGCACUAAAUGAUUGUAUAUAUAGAAACAUGUUUAAAAGUAAGUUUAUUCUUCUAAAUGACAUUGAUGAAAUUAUUCUUCCAACAAGUCAUCGUGACUGGAAUUUACUACUGUUAAGUCUUCAGAAAAAUCAUCCAAAUACCAGUGUCUUCCGUUUCAGCAAUCAUGUUUUUCCAGCACAUAUUAAUGGCACUAUUGACAACAAGUGGAAUAAUGUUCCUGGGGUGAAUAUGUUUCUUCACAACUAUAGAGAACCUGUAAACCUCAAAGCUUUUGAUAAGCAGAAAAUGAUAAUAAACCCAAGGAAGAUGUUUCAGACCUCAAUUCACAGAGCUUUGAAGUAUGUUGGAAAAUCUACAGAUUUUAACAGUGAAGUUGGAAUUCUUUUUCAUUGCAGAAAAACAGAACGACCAGAACUUGCCCCAGAGUCUCUUAUUGAAGACAACAUUCUCUGGAGAUACCGUGCACUCAUGGUGGAGAAGGUGGAUGGUGUCAUUAAUAAUAUUCACUUAAACAAAUAAGAUAUAUAUAGUUACAGUGUGACCGGAACUUGCCCCAGAGUCUCUUAUUGAAGACAAUAUUCUCUGGAGAUACAUGCACUCAUGGUGGAGAAGGUAGAUGGUGUCAUUAAAAAAAAACUCACUUAAACACAUGAGAUCUAUAUAGUUACAGUGUGACCGGAACUUGCCCCAGAGUCUCUUAUUGAAGACAACAUUCUCUGGAGAUACUGUGCGCUCAUGGUGGAGAAGGUAUAUAGUGUCAUUAAUAAUAUUCACUUAAACACAUGAUAUCUAUAUAGUUACAUUAUGACCAAAACUUGCCCAAGAGUCUCUUCUUGAAGAAAACAUUCUCUUGAGAUGCCGUGCGCUCAUGGUGGAGAAGGUAGAUGGUGUCAUUAAUAAUAUUCACUUAAACACAUGAUAUCUAUAUAGUUUCAGUCUGACCAGAGUUUUCCCCAGAGUCUCUUCUUGAAGACAACAUUCUCUGGAGAUACCGUGCGCUCAUAGUGGAGAAGGUAGACAGUGUAAUUAAUAAUAUUCACUUAAACACAUGAGUGCUAUAUAGUUUUAGUCUAUUGAUUUAAAAUGUUAACAUCAUACAUGGAAAAUAACAGCAGCUGCACCUAAAAACAAUCUUGUCUCAUCACUAAGGACAACUCAGUACAUUGAUUUUGUUAUUUAAUAUUCUCCUCUUAACCAGAAAUGAUCAUAUGGCUUUACAUUAUAAGAAAUCCAGUUGCAUAGGUACAUACUGUUCCCCAUCUGUGUUUACUGGUAUUGUUCAUAAAAAAGAAGCCGCUCUGUACAAGAAGUUGAGCACUAUCUAUCAGUUGCCGAUGAGAUGUUUUCCAUUUUGAUUUUUUAUAAGCCCUAUAUUUUACAUGUGCCAGUCCUGUUUCUACUGAGUACAAUCAUAUUUUCAGAGCUAUUUUUCACUUAUCAAAUUCUGCAAAGUAUUAUUAUCAACAUGUAAUCCAUGCUCCAUAUACAGUACUAAUAUUCCUUUUUGCUACAUCUUGUCUCCACAAAAAACUAUAUUAUUCAUGUACUACUUCCCCUCACCACCUGAAACAUUUAUUAGCCCAUCUCUUUUAUGUUCACCUCACAUUUUCCUAAACUCCCUCUCACCUCUCUGUGCCACAUUGACACUCUCAAAACUGCAAAUCUGUAUCUCAUCUUAUGUCACUCAUUGUCUUUAAGAUCCAAGGAACUGAAACAGAGACUUAAGUCAAAGGAUACACUUGUAAGUGAUUAAGAAGGCUUACCAUCGAGCAGUACACACUAAUAGACAGAGCCUACUGAUACCAAAAAAGAAAACAGAUACUUUUGACAACAAAGUGAGAUUUGUCACAACAUACAAUGGUAGACAUAAAGAGAUUAUGAUCUGUGAAGAACGGUGGGAAGGUGCACACUUGACGAUACUCUGAUAUCGAAUUGUACUAUGGAUUUUUCUGUCACACUCUGAUCAGACUGGAGCCUGUUAACUUGGAACAUUAUCAAAUUUUGAGUUCUAAGACACUCAUCUAAAAAGAGACACUUAAUAAGACAUUUACUGUUCUCUCCUAAUAGGAGUGUUUUUUUGUUUUUGUUUUUUUUAAAGGUUUUAAAUAUUUUAUUAAAGAUAAUAAAAUUGCAAUACAAAAUCUGAAUAAACUUUUCCAAUAACA